GGGGCGGGCAUGCAGAUGUUCCCGGAAACUCAAGAGGCCCGGCGUGUGCUAGACCGGGAGCCUGAGCCUGGUGGACUGGGUGCUUAGCAACGGGGGAGGUGCCCCAUAACGAGGCAAUGUGGUUGGAGCUAGGGGCCGCGCUGCGCGGGACCCGUGGACCGCUGGGCAGGACUGCUCAUCUGCCCUGUGGGGCCCUGGGGCUUAGGCCCCACUGGUGGGGACUAUGUAGGGGUUGUCGGGCCCAGAGUGUUCAUCAAGGCCAGUCUGGAAGAGGCCUGAGUGAGGAGGACAUUCGCAGGGCACGAGAAGCCCGGCUCAGGAAGGCACCCCGGCCCCAGCUUAGUGAUCGCUCGCGUGAACGCAAGGUACCUGCCUCCCGCAUCAGCCGCUUGGCCAGCUUUGGGGGGCUGGCAGUGGGCUUGGGCCUGGGAGCACUGGCCGAGGUGACCAAGAAGUCGCUGCCAGGAGGAAGUCCGCAGCCUGACGGUGGCUCUGGACUGGGCUCCAACCCAUUCCUUUCCGAGGCCAACGCUGAGAGGAUCGUGCAAACCUUAUGUACAGUCCGGGGGGCUGCCCUCAAAAUCGGCCAGAUGUUCAGCAUCCAGGACAACAGCUUCAUCAGCCCCCAGCUGCAGCGAAUCUUUGAGAGAGUCCGCCAGAGUGCUGACUUCAUGCCCCGCUGGCAGAUGCUGAGAGUUCUAGAAGAGGAGCUGGGCAAGGACUGGCAGGACAAGGUGGCCUCCCUGGAGGAAGUGCCCUUUGCUGCUGCCUCCAUUGGGCAGGUACACCAAGGUGUGCUAAAGGAUGGGACUGAGGUGGCUGUGAAGAUCCAGUACCCAGGUGUUGCCCAGAGCAUCCAGAGUGAUGUGCAGAACCUGCUGGCCCUGCUCAAGAUGAGUGUGGGCCUACCAGAGGGACUGUUUGCUGAGCAGAGCCUGCAGGCCUUGCAGCAAGAGCUGGCUUGGGAGUGUGAUUACCGAAGAGAGGCUGCUUGUGCCCAGACAUUCAGGAAGCUCUUGGCCGACGACCCCUUCUUCCGGGUACCAGCUGUGGUGCAGGAACUGUGCACUGCACGUGUGCUGGGCAUGGAGCUGGCUGGGGGCAUUCCUCUGGACCAGUGCCAGGGCCUGAGUCAGGACAUCCGGAAUCAGAUUUGCUUUCAGCUCCUGAGGCUGUGUCUACGAGAGCUGUUUGAGUUCAGAUUCAUGCAGACAGAUCCCAACUGGGCCAACUUCCUGUAUGACACCUCCAGCCACCAGGUGACUCUACUGGACUUUGGAGCAAGCCGGGCAUUUGGAACAGAGUUCACAGACCAUUACAUUGAGGUGGUGAAGGCUGCUGCUGAUGGAGACAAAGAUCGAGUCCUGAAGAAAUCCCAGGAUCUCAAAUUCCUCACAGGCUUUGAAACCAAGGCAUUCUCCGACGCCCACGUGGAGGCAGUGAUGAUUCUGGGGGAGCCCUUUGCUGCCUCGGGUCCCUACGACUUCGGGGCUGGAGAGACAGCUCACCGAAUACAGGGCCUCAUUCCCGUGUUGCUUCGGCAUCGGCUGCGCCCACCACCUGAGGAGACCUACGCCCUACACCGCAAGCUAGCUGGGGCUUUCUUAGCCUGUGCUCGCCUCCACGCCCACAUCGCCUGCCGGGACCUCUUCCAAGACACCUACCACCGUUACUGGGCCAGUCGCCAGGCACUGCCACUGCCAGCAGCCUCCUGACUAGAAGGACCUCCCUGCCGACCCCACCAUGACUGAUUCCAUCCGGGGAUACCAGUUCCACAGCGGGUCCUCUGCUACGGCUCUUCUUACCCCCUGACGCUCUGUCCUGGUCCCAGAGACUAGUUUUUUGUCUUGGAUCUUCAGGCCCCUGAAGUUAGUUCCCUGAUCCAAAGUGGGCUUCCUGGAAUUCUAAACCUGGGAGUCAGCAAAUUACUGCCAUCAUCUAAGUGAACCCUUGGCUCCUUCAUGGGGUUCACUCUUAUCUGGAGGGGGCGCCCCUCAGCCCCAGGUCUUCCAGGAUCCUCAGGAGUAAGGGGAGAUGGUGACUGUUGGAGGCGGUCCUCACCUUUGCCUCCCUCGCUUUACCAGCUGCCUUCUUCCGGGGUUCCAGCCUGUGUAUUGGUGGAUGGGGGUGGGUGCCGAUUCUUCUCUUCGAAUAAAGGCACCCUUUCCCUUC